AUGUCGUCACACGGCAAAUUAGUAAGGAAAGCUGAAGAUCUUCAAGAGGACUUGUCGUGGGAUUCCCAUAUUAAACAUGUGCUAAUAGAACUCGAAAAGAUUUAUUUUCAGCGCAUUAGGCCAAUAGAGGUGAAGUUUGACUACGAUAUGUGCUGUCCUUCGUGGUUUGGGGAAUCCAUGGUGCAAAAGAAGCCAUUCAUCACGUUCUUAGGACCCUUCUCAGCGGGAAAGUCUACGUUCAUAAAUUACCUUUUACAAGGUAAUCUAUUAUCCACAGGUCCUCAACCUGUGACGGAUCGGUUCACCGUAAUUUCCCAUGCGAAAGACGUACAAAAAAUACCUGGCCGCGUUUUGAUGGCUGACUCCAAGCAGCCUUUUCGUGGCCUCAAUCAAUUUGGUGGUGUAUUCGGAGAGGUAUUGGAGGGUAUUACACAUCCUCACCCCAUCCUGCAAUCUGUUACACUCAUUGAUACACCGGGUGUUUUGGAAACCGCGGGGAAUGCUCACAGUCGUCGAUAUGACUACGUUAACGCUUGUCGGUGGUUUGUGGAGAAAAGCGACCUUGUGUUUGUCAUGUUUGACCCAACGAAACUAGAUUCUGGGGAGGAGUUACGUGCUGUGUUUCAGCAAGCCCUGAGAGGACAUGAAAGUAAAAUCCGUAUUAUUUUGAACAAGGCUGAUACGGUGGAGCCACAAGAACUUAUGCGCGUGUAUGGCGCAUUGUUUUGGAAUCUCUCAGCCCUUGUCGCUACGACAGAGCCACCGCGCGUUUUCAUUUCAAGUUUCUGGGAACAGCCGUACCGCAUGGGCACAGAUCAUGAACUAUUUACGGAAGAAAAGGCGGACCUUAUUUACCAUAUAACAACGGUAGUCCCCAUGCAGGCCCUUGACCGACGUGUGGCUUCUGUGCUUCAGCGCGCAACUCGAGUAAUUGCGUUUGCGAUUCUCUGCGCCACUUAUAAAACCAAGAUGCCCUCGCUGUUUGGUAAGGCUAAGGCAAGGAAACAGUUUAUUGAAGAUCUACCACAGAUAUGUGAAGACCUGGCGAACAAGUACCGCUGCAGUGUUGCUGAUUUCCCGAAGAAAGAGGUACUGGAGAAUUUUUUUUCGAGGGCUAAAACUAGUGACUUCUUUGACAUGAAUCAACUGCUGAAACGGAAGUGGAUAGAGCUUAUGAGGAUCACAGUAGACCGGGACCUUCCAAUGUUGCUGAAGCCCCUUGAAGAAUCGGCCGUUGUUGAUCCCAAUGAUCGUAAGCAUGCCCUCCUUCUCCAGCGAGAAUACUUUAAAAGGAUGUCCAUGGAAGCCCAUGGUCAGCUGUUUGUCGAGGACGUUUGUCAGAACUUAGGUACUGUGCCCAUGAUUCAGAGCCAGUUCACGGAUCGGCCGGCCAUCUGUGAUGUACCCGCGAAUAACACGUCGAUGCAACUGCAGAGCACAGCUCCACCCAACGGCGCAGGUGGAAACGUUAACCAGGAACAACUUGCGGUGAUGAUGCAAAUGAUGCAAACGAUGAUGGCCGCCCAGCAAGGGCAGAAGCCGAGUCCACAACAGCAAGGGGUUCCGUUGAUCUCACAACAAGCUUACGCACCCCAGCAGGUGCAACCAGAGCAGGGAGGGCCGCUGUUUCCGCCGUCGCAGCAGAUCUCUACAACCACGCAACAGAUGAAUCCGUACCAACAGAUGCAAACAAUGGAUACACUUCAACAGGGCGUACCACAGUUUCCGCCGUCGCAGGUCUGUAUCGAAAUGCCACAGUCUAACCCAUAUCAGCAGGGGCAACCAACAUUUAUGCCUUACGGAGGUUUCCCAUCGGAUCCCCAAGGACAGGGACUUCCACAGAAUCCACAGCAGCAGGGACAAUUGUUUCCUUAG